AUGUCCGCGCCGCAAGCAGCCAAUCUGCGCAGCGCGUCACGCAGCCCGCGUCGAAGGACUUGGGGCGAAGAUUGUCAAUGCUGCUUCGCCAUGAAUGCCAGGUGGUGGCAGGCACCUGGUGCCAAAGCUGACGAUAAUCCGCUGUCUGACUACGACCGCGAUGCAAUCCUGAAGCAGAACCCCUUGUCUGCUGACCUCAUCCGACUGAACGAGCAUGUGGUGACCUGCGAUAGCCAAGAUUCUCAGACCUCCGAGCCGUCUGAGCCUCCGGAGACAUGGUAUGAAGAAACUAAAAAGCGCCGCCCACACUUCUCCAAGGUUCUCGCCAAGCACCAGCGUCGGCGUUCGGCGACUGUUCUGCUGCAGCGGGCAUAUGUUGAGAUGAUCUGCCGCAGUGAGGAGCAAGCUCGACGUAUCCUCGACAGCGUGGGGAACCUGUGCUACUUCGUGCUGACCCUGUCGGACUUAAGCGAAGAAUGCUCCGAUAUUUUUCACGAACUGAACACGGAUGCGCUGCCUCUGACGGCGAUGAUCUUUCCAGAUCGGAAAGUUGGACAGCCGCCGCUCUACUUCGUGCUUACGCACCUUUUCCGCGGCGUCGGUGCAGAGGACAUGGCCGAUGUUGAGCGAAGGCUUGGCGAUAGUGGUUGGGCAAAGUCACCCGGCUGCUGCAUUCUCUGGCUUUGCACCCGCAGCUUUGGGCCGCUUCCUGGAGGCUAUCCGAAGCCGGAGGGCUUCGAGGUCAGUGACGAGAACGUCACACAGCAGAUGUUCGACCGGAUCCUCGCGGCUCUAGUUUGCGAGCUCGAAAGAGAGGGAGAAAAGGCACAGCCUGCUAUAGACCUCAAGGGCCCUCCAUCGGAUCAAGCCAGGAUUGAUUUGCCCGACCAGUUGGCGCACCUCCGCACAUCCAGCCAUCCUGCGGCGAACCGGGUCUUCCACGAGGUGUGCAAGGCCCUGGCUGCAGGGCGAUUUCGGGAGCGAAGGCAGUUUAAGAGUGCGGCUUCUAAAGGGACAGGAUUGAGGGUGAAAUUAUUGAGAACCUUUCCCGUUGUAGAGACACAACGUACAAGCGAAUGUUAG